AUGCAGCAACGGGGAAAAUUGCUGACGCUAGCUGCCUUCGCCUUGAGAGUCGUGGCAACCGAUAGAAUCGAGGCCGUCCGCGCGGUUUUCAGAAGAUCAUGGGACGGAUAUCGCCAGUAUGCCUGGGGCCACGACAGUCUAAGGCCGUUGACGAACGGAUAUUACGAUGAUAGAAAUGGUUGGGGAGCGAGCGCGGUAGAUGCCCUAAGCACCGCUAUUAUCAUGGGCGAGGAGGAAGCCGUGCAGCAGAUCCUUGAGUAUAUCCCUACAAUAGACUUCGCCACAACAUCCACCGAGGUUUCACUAUUCGAAACAACGAUCCGCUAUCUUGGAGGAAUGCUAUCUGGCUACGAUCUCUUGCGAGGCCCCUAUAAAGACAUGGCUCCGAGCGAGGAAGCCAUCGAAAGUUUGCUCAGUCAAUCCGUCAGACUCGCAGACCUCCUCAAGGUCGCCUUCAAUACUGAGAGCGGGGUGCCAGAUAAUGACCUACUCUUUGACCCUGAGCCUCGCAGGAAAGGUACUCCGGACAACUGGAUAGCGACCAUCGGGACACUUGUGUUGGAGUGGGAACGUCUGAGCGACCUCACAGGAAAUAUUGAGUACGGUGAGCUAGCGAAAGGAGCAGAGAGCUACCUUCUCAGGCCACCUCCUGAGGCAGAACCCUUCCCUGGGAUGAUCGGUAGUCGUUUGUGGGUAGAGAAUGGGACGUUUGUGGAUUCAAUGGGCGGCUGGAACGGUGGGACGGAUAGCUUUUACGAGUACCUAAUCAAGAUGUAUAUCUACGACCCCGUCCGCUUCGAGUCGUACAAAUACCGCCAUGUAUUCAGGGAGACCUUGUACUUUUACAGCAGCCACCUGGCCUGCUUCAAUGGAGGCAACUUUAUCCUUGGCGGCUUGGUGCUCGACGAGCCUCGAUAUGUGGAUUUUGGCCUCGAGCUCACGGCAGGGUGCCACGAGAGCUAUAUACAAACUGUAACGGCCCCGCCGGAGAGUCAAAUCGAGUUUUACGACGAGGCCGGGUUUUGGAUUAUCAACGCGCAAUAUUCGCUACGUCCCGAGGUCAUAGAGAGCUGUUACUACGCGUAUCGGGCAACAGGCAAUAUCAUGUACCGCGAGUGGGCGUGGGAUGCAUUUGUCAAGAUCAACGCAACAAGCUCGGCAGGGAGCGGUGUGUCAUCGGUCCUCGAUGUGCAGCGCACAAACGGGACCCUGGUGUUUUGGGAUUUUCAGGACAGCUUUUGGUUUUCAGAGGUGCUCAAAUACAUGUAUCUCAUCCUUCUUGAUGAAGAUUCCGAGGUUCACGUGAAGAAGGGAGAAAGGGGCACUUUUGUAUACAAUACGGAAGCCCAUCCGAUCCGGAUAUUUGAGUCAUAG